UUGACAGGCUCUCCGCGAGCCUCCAUAUAAGAGGAGGGAGGCGCGUGCCUCAGCCACUGUUGCGCCUGGAGUCCUGCAGACUGUGGAUGUAGUGAACCAAAGUGGACUUUACGCGUUUUUCGCACGAGGUUUUUUCAAAGGGAGAGACCACUUUUCAUCCGUUCGAUCUUCGGCUCAGGUCACCGCAGAUCUGAACUUGAUCUUGAAAACGAAAACAAAUAUUGUCGGAUAUCUGACUGAUUAAUAAAAGCUCUUUUCGUCAGGAAACAUGAUACUCAGGAGAAGUCUCUUCUUGCUGCUCUUAUCAUUUAACUUCCUCCAUGCAUUGCCUGAAGAUGGUGAGCAGGAGGACGAGACAUCCUUCGACUUGUUUGAAAUUAGCCAGAUCUCGCGCAAAACUCUGGGGGCCAAACAGUUCCGGGGCCAAAACUCAGACGUCCCUGCCUACCGCUUCAUUCGCUUCGACCACAUCCCCCCCGUGAGCGCCCCCAUAUUAAAACAAAUACUACAACAGAUACAAAACAACGAGGGCUUUGUGUUCGUGGCCAGCAUACGCCAGGACCGGGCCUCGAGGGGCACCCUGAUGGCCUUGGAGGGCCCUGAUGGCCGGCGCCAGUUCGAGAUCGUGUCCAACGGACGGGCCAACACUCUGGACCUGGUGUACUGGGUGGACGGUUCUCAGAACGUGGUAUCGUUCGAGGACGUAGACCUGUCAGACUCGCAGUGGAAGAAUAUCACACUUCACGUUCACGGGGAAAACGCCAACCUGUAUGUGGGCUGCAGCCUGAUAGACAGCUUCAUCCUGGAUGAGCCGUUCUACGAGCACCUGCGGGCUGAGGGAAGCCGCAUGUAUGUUGCGAAGGGAUCCAUCAGAGAGAACCACUUCAGGGGCCUUCUGCAGAACGUGCGUUUCAUCUUUGACACCCCAGUGGAAGACGUACUCCUGACAAGAGACUGCGAAGCCACUAAGCAAGAUGACGCUAACAUUGUGAGCGAGAGCGCAGAAAUUCUGGACGUGAGCCCUUCCAUCACAACAAACAUAAUAGGUCAGAAGACGGACGAGAUGGGCGCAGAUAUGUGCGAACGCUCUUGCGAGGAACUGAGCACCAUGUUCCAGGAGCUACAAGGCCUCCGUCAUGUCGUCAGUAACCUUAUUGAUGGCCUGCAAAAAGUGACAGAGGAGAACACACUCAUGAAGGAGGCCCUUGGGAGGAUUAAGAACCCUAAAGAGAAAAACAUGUGCUGGCAGGACGGCCGGCUGUUUGACGAUGGAGAAGAUUGGGUUGUGGACAGCUGCACCAAAUGCACUUGCCAGGAGUCCAAGAUCGUGUGUCACCAAAUAACCUGCCCCCCAGUGGCCUGUGCCACCCCCUCGUUUAUCGACGAGGAGUGCUGCCCCGUGUGUCUGCCUAAAUACAGUGAGGAUGGAUGGUCCCCCUGGUCAGAGUGGACCGAGUGCACGGUCACCUGCGGGACAGGAACUCAGCAGAGGGGUCGGUCAUGUGAUGCAACCAGCAACCCCUGCACUGGACCUUCCAUCCAGACCCGCAAGUGCAGCCUGAGCAGAUGUGACAGUCGUGUUCGCCAGGACGGAGGAUGGAGUUUGUGGUCGCCGUGGUCGUCCUGCUCGGUGACCUGCGGAGAGGGACAGAUCACCAGGAUACGACACUGCAACGCCCCCAUGCCGCAGCUGGGGGGCAAAGACUGCGAAGGAAGUGGACGUGAGACCCAGCGCUGCACCGCCGAGCCGUGUCCCGUGGACGGUGGUUGGGGUCCUUGGUCUCCAUGGGCAACCUGUUCAGCCACAUGUGGUGGGGGGGUCAGAAGCCGGACACGUGAGUGCAACAGCCCUCAGCCUCAGUACGGUGGCAAGAAGUGUAUCGGGGAGGCGGACGACAGUGACAGCUGUAUCAAAAAAGAAUGUCCUAUUGAUGGCUGUCUGUCUAACCCAUGCUUUGGGGGAGUGGACUGCAACAGCUCUCCAGAUGGAUCCUGGGAAUGUGGCCCGUGCCCUGUUGGUUUGCGUGGAAAUGGCACCCACUGUGAAGACAUUAACGAGUGUGACAUGGUGCCUGAUGUUUGCUUCAAGAUGAGUGGAUCGCGACGCUGCAUCAACACCAACCCGGGUUUCCACUGCCUUCCCUGUCCAAAGCGAUACAAGGGCAACCAGCCCUUUGGUAUAGGCGUGGAGUCUGCCAACAAGAACAAACAGGUAUGUGAGCCAGAGAACCCAUGCAAGGACAAGACCCACAACUGUCACAGAUUUGCCGAGUGCAUCUACAUCAGCCACUUCAAUGACCCCAUGUACAAGUGUGAAUGUCGGACCGGUUACGCUGGAGAUGGCUUCAUUUGUGGGGAGGACUCAGAUUUGGACGGCUGGCCCAAUCAGAACCUUGUGUGUGGUGCCAACGCCACUUAUCACUGCAAGAAGGACAACUGCCCCAGCCUUCCCAACUCGGGACAAGAAGACUUUGACAAAGAUGGUCAAGGAGAUGCUUGUGACAAGGAUGAUGACAACGAUGGAAUAAUUGAUGAGAGGGACAACUGUGCCCUGCUUUUCAAUCCUCGCCAGUUUGACUUUGACAAGGAUGAAGUUGGUGACCGGUGCGACAACUGUCCCUAUGAACACAACCCCGCUCAAAUAGACACGGACCACAAUGGAGAAGGGGAUGCCUGCGCAGUGGACAUUGAUGGAGAUGAAAUUCUGAAUGAGAACGACAACUGCCCCUAUGUGUACAACGUUGAACAGAAGGACACUGACAUGGAUGGAGUUGGUGACCAGUGUGACAACUGUCCAAUGCUGCACAACCCCGACCAGACUGAUGUGGACAGUGACCUGGUUGGAGAUCAGUGUGACAACAACCAGGACAUCGAUGAAGAUGGUCAUCAGAACAACCUGGAUAACUGUCCCUACGUGGCCAACGCCAACCAGGCCGACCAUGACAAAGACGGAAAAGGAGACGCGUGUGACUAUGACGAUGAUAAUGACGAUAUCCCUGACGACAAGGACAACUGCAGACUAACACCGAACACAGACCAGCUGGACUCUGAUGGCGAUGGAAGAGGGGACGCAUGCAAAGAUGACUUUGAUAACGACAGCAUCCCAGAUUUUCUUGAUGUGUGUCCAGAGAACAAUGCCAUUACUGCCACAGACUUUAGGAAGUUCCAGAUGGUCCACCUGGAUCCUAAGGGAACAACUCAGAUAGAUCCCAACUGGGUGGUGAGACACCAGGGCAAAGAGCUGGUCCAGACGGCCAACUCUGACCCAGGCAUUGCAGUAGGUUUUGAUGAGUUCAACGCUGUGGACUUCAGUGGAACGAUGUACGUAAACACAGACAGAGAUGAUGACUACGCAGGCUUUGUGUUUGGCUACCAGUCGAGUGGGCGCUUUUACGUGGUCAUGUGGAAGCAGAUCACACAGACUUACUGGGAGGACAAGCCUUCCAAGGCCUUUGGCAUCUCUGGUGUUUCACUCAAAGUUGUCAACUCGACCACUGGCACUGGAGAAAACCUCAGGAAUGCUCUGUGGCACACGGGCAACACUCCCGGACAGGUGCGUACUCUGUGGCAUGACCCCAAAAACAUUGGCUGGAAGGAUUACACAGCCUACAGGUGGCAUCUGAUCCACAGACCAAAGACUGGGUUUAUAAGGGUCGUGGUCUACGAAGGUAAACAGAUCAUGGCUGACUCAGGACCAGUUUAUGACAAGACGUUCGCCGGGGGAAGGUUAGGCUUGUUUGUCUUCUCGCAGGAGCUGGUGUUCUUCUCCGACCUCAAGUAUGAGUGCAGAGAUAAGCCGGAGUUGCCGACAAUGUUCACAAGAUAACUGAACAAAGCCAAGAACAAAACAACAAAAGACGAACAGAAGAAGGUUAAAAGAAGAGAAUCUCCCAAAGCAAACUUGACACACGCCAUCGCCGAAUCCAUCUCAACAUAAAUGAAACUUUCCGUGCGUUUCCAUGUGACUUGAUGCAUUCGCUGGAGAGGAAACCAGGGCAACGGUUUCUGUUUUCCUGGUGACAUAUAAACUUUUCCCAAGCUGGAAAAGACAAACUUGAGCGGAGAAGUUUUUAAAGGAAAGAGGCUCUGCAGAAUAUUUUAGUAUAGCUAGUGUAACGACAUAUGUCUACAUGUUUAAAGGACUAAUUGUACAACCACUUACAUAAUGUAUGACCUUUCCAACCAUUUCUUUCUUUCUACAAUAUGUAAGCGACUCACUUCUUCUAUGCUUCAUACGUUUACAUUCAGACGAGGCUCAUUCGUGGCUUCUGACAAACAUAAACUGUACCCAAAGCCUGAUCAUUUAGCUGUCCAUUACUCUUUCUCUUCAUGCUUUUCAUCCUGAAUGUUUUUUUUUUCCUACUGGAGAACUUGAGUUAACAAUCUAAAUAAGCCAUUUUAGUAAGUGCCAAAGAUGUUUAUACUUAGUCUGUAUAAUAAUUCCUUUUGUAAAUUAUUUAUGCCCUGCUCGUUUUGUUCUCUUGUUUCCAUUUAUGCUUGUAAAUAAUUAUUUAUUUGUUUACACUGACACAACACAUCGACUAACACAAACAUCAACACAUUAUAGUAUUGCAAGUUUUUUUCUCUCUCUUUUUUUUGCUGUUGUCAUGCACUUCCUUCCACUUGUUAGUUUUUCAAAUCUUUAAGACAAACUGCAGCCUAAAGGACAAACAUCAGCGGCUUUUCUAAAUAAUCACACUCAUAAACACAGCGUGUGUUUGUGUGUGUGAUCGUGGCCGCCAGAGAAAGUUCUCUCUCCUGGGAUGUGUAUGUUGAAGAAAAACCGCCACUGUGUUUAUUGCUGUAGCCGCGCAGACAGGGCCUCAUUGUCUUUGACGUUAUGCAUCACUUUGGUACACGUGGAAAUUUUUUCUGGUCUCGUACUAUAGGAUCUUAUAAACAAUAACAAUGGCUGCAGAUUGGGCUACUGCCACUGCUGCAGGCACCCUUUUCUUUCAUAGUAUUAUUCUUUAUUAUCUGUAAAACAGUGACAAAGAAAGAAAAAGUAGAAUAUAUCAAGGUCAUAGAAUCAGUUUGAAAGGUAUGGGUUCAAAAGAAUUGCAGUUUAAGUGCCUCUUACCCAGUAAACCAACAGCUGUGUGGGCAGUUACAGUCACGAUGUGUGAUGGAGGGAUGAAGAUGAAACGCAGUGAAAACAUUUUAUUACUUUUAUUUUCAUAUAGUCGUAAGUGUCAGUCAGGGAUGUUGUGAAACGUGUGGUGACUGUGUGGUGUGGGAUCGAGGACGUGUUUGUGUGCGACCUCGUUGACGAAAAAGUCUAUCAGUUUCAUUUUCUUCAGUCUUGUUCUCUUUGUUGAAAGUUUGCAAUGCACAAAAUGUAAAUGUUUGUUUUGUAUUCUGGGCUUGUUCGAUUUACGUUUUCUACGAACAUUAGUGUAAGAUUGUUCUGUUUCAUAAAUAAAUCACUUGUACACUG